AAUGAGAUUUUGACAUAAAUAUUGGUUUGAAAACUGCAUUCACAACCAUUGCUACCACUAUUUGACCCAUACUUUCAUACAUUACAUGUGUCUCUCUAUCACUACUUUUAUUUAAAUUUCAAUUUUUGUCAAAACUUUUUUAUUUGUAAAACAUUUUGCUUUCACUGAUAAACUCAUUGAAAGUUUUUAUAAGUGAAAAGUUUGCAUAUUUUGAUGACAUCUAUUGAAAUACCUAACUAUGGAUACGCCUAACGACGAUAAGUGUCGAAUGGAUCAAAUGAGUGAUCGACUCUUUGGCCUGAGUUUACGGCAAACCAAUGAUGACAUGUAUGGCGAGGGCAGUAGUAGUUGCGGGUCUUCCGGUUGUCGACUGCAACCUCCAGUUCUUUUAUCGCGACAAACCUCUUACAUAAUUGAUUCAAUGGACAGAUUUGGCGACGAUAUGAUGGAACUGAUUCUCUCUUAUCUAUCAUUCAAUGAUAAAGUGACGUUAGAAUCGGUGUCCAAACAAUGGCAACGAGUCGUAUACAACACACAGACUGAACUGGUUUUGAACCGAUCGGACACUGAAGAGCACAAUACGUUGAAUAAGCUGUUGAAAGACAUUGAAGUGACCGACUAUGCGACCGGUUUUGCCAAUUACGCCGGUUUUAAGGCCAUCGACAAACCCUCACUCGAAUCGAUUCUUAAGAAAUGUCCACUUCUUCGGAAACUCAAUUUUCAGUGUUAUAUUGACGGAGAUAUCAUGCAAAUGGUUGGUAAACACUGCCAUUAUCUCAAAUCAAUUGAAUGCAAUCCAAUUGGUCUGAAAGAGUCAACAUUAAGAGAGUUUGGUCGCAAAUACGGCGAUAAAUUGCAAGUAAUCCGAUUCAAUGACUCCAACUAUUGCAGUGCAUUCCUCAAGAAGUUCUUCAUUUAUUGUCAAAAUGUAAGAGAAGUCUACACUGAAGACAAUUCUGCUUUCAUUUGUGAUGACCCAAUGUUUUUGCCCAAACUUGAAGUCAUUAAGUCGAUAGACAUCCGAACGGAACAAUUAAACCAAUUGAAGAUAUUGAGUGACAAAUAUUGGGAGACAAUGAAGACCAUCAAAAUCUAUACCUAUCAUAUGAUAGGUCAUCAGUUGAAGAAUGCCUUAACCCAUAUCUCACAGUUUAAUAAUCUGGAAUCGUUGGGACUGUCGAUCAGUAUUUUCGAUGAAGACAUUCAAGUGAUUGACGAAAAUAUCGCCGAAAUUUCCAAAAACUGUGUUAAACUCAAGAAAUUGAAUUUCACACUAAAUAACGAGUCUGUGAUUUCUAAUAAGUUUUUCAAUGCCUUUAAUAAACUGCAAUCAAUUGAAAAGUUGAGUCUCGAGUUCUUUGAGAUCACCAAAAAACUGGACGGAAGUGUCGAAUGCCUCAAAAACUGCUCAAAACUUCGUCAUUUAGUCAUUUCGUAUAAAGAACUCACUGAAGAAUUUUUUCAAAACAUUCAUUUAUUUCUACCAAAUCUUAAGAUCAUUGAUAUCGACUCAGAUAAACAAAUGACAAAUAAAUUUAUGGAAUCGAUGUCGAAGUUAGCAAAUCUCAAGAAAAUUGUUUUAAGACAUUCAUCCAAUGCACACAAAGAUAUGACCGAUGAGGGCCUUUGUUUGGUUAUUAACAACUGUUCACUGUUGCAGACAAUGGUGUUCAGCGCCCGUCCAAACAUAACACAUAAGACUAUUGAAGUGUUGAUCAACUCAGCCCUCUUAAGACCCAAAAUUAACAUCAAUUUUAGCUGCGGUUUCUCCGGUGGUGGAGAUGAGGGAGAGUUCGCCACAAUUGAUAUCAAUAAUUUUGUCAAUAAAAUGCCAGAAAAUCUUAAGAUCAGUAUUGAUAUGGGAGUUGUCAAUGAAGAUAAUAAUAACGUAUAAUUUAUUAAAUAAAUAACUUAUUCACUAUUUGUUACUCUAAUAUCAAUAAAUUUAUUUAU